CGUUAUGAUCUAGCUGUAAAAGAAUCCACAGUCUGGUUUAGCUACUUGUACCUUUUGCAUUUUGUGAAUUAAGAGUUAGUUUUAAAUCAAGCAGUUACACGUUUUUAAUAUUAUAGCUCAGAUGGGACGAAGCCUUUCCCGCAGCAGGUCUCACGAGAGGUCUGCGAGUAGACGAGGAAGAGAGCGAAGAGCAGACAAGAAGCGUAAGAAAUCGAGCUCUUCAUCCUCCAGCUCCAGUAGUGCCAGUCCAAGCCCUCAAAAGAAGCAUGCACGUGUUUCUACUAAGAGUCGUAGUGCAGACCAGAAACCAGUGAAGAAAAAGGAAAAAAGAAGAAGGAGUUCAUCAUCAUCAUCAUCAUCAUCACCAUCAUCAUCAUCAAGCAGUUCUUCAUAUUCUUCUACUUCAUCCAGUGAAAAAGAGGCAAAGAAGAAGAGAAAGAACAAAAAGGCCAAGAAGCGACUGAAGAAAAAGAAAGCAAAGGAAAGAAAGAAGGAGAAGAAGAGACUGAAGAAGAUGAAGAAGUUUGCAGCAAAAGCUGAGAAAGCAGCGAGUGAAGCUCCACUGAUUCCUACUGCAGUGUCUGUUCCAGAAAAAUCCCAUUCCUACCUAGAGACUUGGCAAAAUGAAGACGGUACUGAGCAUGGUCCAGUAAUGACUGAUGAGCAAAAGGCCAGUUUCUCCACCAAGAGACCUCUGACGAAGGAGGAGUAUGAGGCCAGGCAGAGCGUCAUCCGUCGGGUCACAGACCCCGAGACAGGUCGCACCAGGCUUGUAAGAGGGGAUGGUGAGAUUUUGGAAGAGAUUGUCAGCAAGGAGCGGCACAAAGAAAUUAAUAAGCAAGCAACAAAAGGAGAUGGAUGUGCAUUCCAGAAGAGAUUGAGGAUUAACAGGUAAAGGAGCAACUGGUCUGCAGAUCUACUGGCCAUGUAGAGACCAAAUAUAUAUUGGUUUUAAGGGCUGAAGUCUGGAAUCUCAAAGCAUGGUCCUCAUCAUCAUAAUCAUCCUUUAAUUAGUGAUGCUGUAGUAGCUCUGAAUUUGUCUGAUAUAUGGAGUCAAAUUUUUGUUACUAGUUGAGGGGACAGCGUAAUCACUGUCUGACAGUAAAUGGCUGACAUCUCUUAACAGAAACAGAAAGUCCCAAACUGGUUGUCAUGCCAUUUUCCUCAUUUGGUUUGAUUAUUUUGAAUUUUAAGAUAACAGUUUUCCAUGCUCUCUUGUAUGAUUGAACAUAAAGCAAUGUGAUAAUUCACUGUUGUGACUGAGGUGGAUCAGAAGGCCUAAUAUGUUUGAUUAGAGCAGUAUGUAACUAGGCACGGUGUUAUCUACCCAACCCUGUGCGGGUCACAGCAAGUGUGCACAAACUACUUGGUUUGGUCUCUGAAUCAAACUAAAGUGAUUCCUGGACUGGAAGCAGUUUGACAUGGGAAUUGAGCUGAUUGAUUGAUUGUGAUGGUGGUUGUAAAUCCCAUCUCAUCCAUGUUUGCAUGUGAUUGAUGGACAUGUCUCUGCUUCCUUUCAUUCUGUUAAAGUGGUACAGAUCACCUUAUUAAUUGUAUAAAAAUUUAAGAUCUUUUUUUUGUGCUAUAUUUGUGGUAUAUUAGAUUAAUUUAGAUCUUUACAGUGCACAAAUAAAACCUAUUUUGAUUUUG